AUGAAUACCAUAAAUUUAUUCAUACUUAUUCUAGUUCAUGCUUUACUAGCUCAAGCUGGUUCAGACUUUAGCGCUUGUUUGUCUAGUAGUAUAUAUAACACACUAUCGUCGUAUGUUGCUAAUAUAGCUGAUAAACAACAUUUCUGCUGUACUAGUGUUCAGUGCAGUGCCAAAGCACCAACCUGUCCUUUUAUCGAAGAUCUUGAUGGUCAAUGUAUUAAAGUUGGACAAUCGAAA